CUACAAAGUUCCCCUAAAGAAGUUAAUCACGUGUCUUGAAACCUCUCGCAUUCUCCGCAGAAUCCAAGCACCGCGAGCCCCGUGGUGAUUUGAUCUGAUCAGCGACUUUUAUACAGAGCUGCUGGUAGAUCAGGGAGGAAUUAGUGAACUUGGAACGAACGGGUACAAGUGCUUGAAGUAUUAUAUACGCGAAUAGGAUAUGCCGGAUAGUGGCCUACAAUCGCGGACGGGGACGUCUGGCACGGCGGCGAGUGCUGCGAUUAAGAAGCGCGUCGGGAAGAAGGACAGGUAUUCUAAAGAUCGCAAGGUCGGAGAAGGUACCUAUGCCGUCGUCUACCUCGGCCGCCAACUGUCGACGAACCGCGUGAUUGCGAUCAAAAAAAUCAAAGUCGGCCAAUUCAAAGACGGCCUCGACAUGUCUGCGAUCCGCGAGAUCAAGUUUCUGAGCGAGCUACGGCACGAGAACGUGAUCGAGCUGAUCGACGUCUUUGUGUCGUCCGGGACCGCGCGCAGUCUCAACCUCGUGCUCGAGUAUCUUUCGGCGGAUCUCGAGAUGGUGAUCAAAGACCGGUCGGUUAUGUUCACGGCCGCGGAUAUAAAGUCGUGGAUGUACAUGACCUUUGCGGGACUGUACUACUGCCAUCGGCACUCUGUCCUGCACCGCGAUUUGAAGCCAAAUAACUUGCUGCUCUCGCCUACCGGGCAUCUCAAGAUUGCUGAUUUCGGUCUCGCGCGCCAGCAGCCGGGUCCUUACGAUCCCAUGACGCCAACGGUGGUAACUAGAUGGUACCGUGCGCCAGAGCUCCUGCUCGGGUCCAAGAUUUACACGCGGAAAGUCGACGUCUGGGCGGUCGGCAUAAUAUUCGCCGAGCUCAUGCUUCGCACGCCGUACUUGCCCGGCCAAACCGACCUCGACCAGCUCGACCUCACUUUCCGCGCAUUCGGCACGCCGACAGAGGAGUCCUGGCCCGGCGUCUCCUCGCUGCCAGACUACUUUUACGAUCCGGAGAAGACGUCCGCAGCCACUGCGGCGUCGGAUCCAAAGUCGGGGAUAUACCCACCCCCCACGCGGGAGCAGAUGCGGAUGCAGUUUUCGGCUGCGUCCGAGAGCGCGCUGGAUUUCUUGCUUAAGAUGACGACGCUUGAUCCCGCGAAACGGAUCGAUACAAAGGAAUGCCUGGAGACGGCGUAUUUUAAGGAGAUGCCGGCGCCGACUCCGCCUGAGCGCUUGCCGAGGUUGAGCGCGAAGAAUGAUAGCGAUCCACAUGUCGGGAGCGAGAGUGAGGGAGUAGGCAAGAAUCUGAAGAGGGAGAAGGUUGAUGAGAUUGCAGAGAGAGAAAAGAGGUUGGGUGAUGUGGCCAAGAAGUUGAAAUUUUGAUCUAAUGAUUUAUUACAUGUAGCGAAAUGGUAGGGGGUCUGGAGUUUUUUUGUGUUUUGUAAAUACGAGUA